UCUCUCUCUCUCUCUUUAUUUACUUAUUUCUCUCUCUAGGCCGAAGAACAGGUGUGGAGCCCAAGCUGGUCCUCUGCUUUGCUGGAUUCAAGUUCUCCGCUGUGGUCUUUAAUGGAGUUUGUCUUGAGUUCCCAGUUGCCCCAAUUAUCCACAUGCUCUCUCUCUCUCCCUCUCCACUCGGAAUUGGAUUGACAAGAAGCACAGUCAAAAUCCGCCUCAAUUUCCCGUUGAUUUGAUGUAUCAAUAGAUCCGAACACUUUCACUUUCAGAUCCUCCUAUUCUUCGACUAAGAGCUAGGGUUUCUGAUUUUUCUCUGUUGAGAGUUGGACGUAUUGGAUUUGAAUUGGCUGAUCAGAGGUUUCUAGAAGAAGAGGUGAAUUGACCACCCCUCUUCGGAGUUGGGUAUUAUCAGCUGUAUUGGUCGUGCCUCUUCUGUUUUAAGAGGAAACAGAGAGGGAUUUCACAUCGGGCGACGGGAAUCUGUUCACAGUUUAGGUUUAUUUGUUUGUUAUGGGCCUUUACCCGAUGUGGAGACUUUGGAGGGUGAUUUGGUGAAAUGAGGUAUGUUAUCUGGGUUGAUGAACUUUCUGAGGGCCUGUUUUCGGCCAAGAUUGGAUCAAUAUGUUCAUGCGGGUUCAGAUUCUGGUGGUCGCCAAGAGGGGCUUCUGUGGUACAAAGAUACAGGACAACAUGUAAAUGGUGAGUUCUCAAUGGCUGUAGUUCAAGCUAACAAUUUACUCGAGGAUCAGAGCCAAAUUGAGUCAGGCUGCCUGAGCACACAUGAGUCGGGGCCAUAUGGAACCUUUAUUGGAGUAUAUGAUGGGCAUGGGGGCCCUGAGACUUCACGGUACAUAAAUGAUCACCUCUUCCAGCAUCUCAAGAGGUUUACUUAUGAGCAACAAUCUAUGUCAGUGGAGGUAAUAAGAAAAGCAUUCCAAGCAACAGAAGAGGGAUUUUUCUCUCUUGUUGCCAAACAAUGGCCAAUGAAGCCACAAAUUGCAGCUGUUGGAUCUUGCUGCCUGGUCGGUGUUAUCUGCAGUGGAACCCUUUACAUUGCUAACCUUGGUGAUUCCCGUGCUGUUUUGGGGAGACUUGUUAAGGCAACAGGGGAAGUUCUGGCCAUUCAGCUCUCAGCAGAGCACAAUGUAGCAAUAGAGUCUGUGAGACAGGAGCUGCGUUCUUUGCACCCAGAUGACUCACAGAUCGUAGUUUUAAAGCAUAACGUAUGGCGUGUGAAGGGCCUCAUACAGGUCUCAAGGUCUAUUGGUGAUGUAUAUUUAAAAAAGGCAGAGUACAAUAGGGAACCAUUAUAUUCCAAGUUUCGGCUACGAGAACCUUUUACGAGGCCAAUAUUGAGCUCAGAACCAUCAAUUUCGGUGCACCAUCUGCAGGCACAUGAUCAAUUCAUUAUAUUUGCAUCAGAUGGUCUCUGGGAGCACCUAAGCAACCAGGAAGCAGUUGAUAUAAUUCAGAAUCAUCCUCACACUGGAAGUGCUAGGAGGUUGGUGAAAGCUGCACUGCAGGAAGCAGCAAAGAAAAGGGAAAUGAGAUAUUCGGACUUGAAGAAAAUCGAUCGAGGGGUCCGUCGGCAUUUCCAUGAUGAUAUCACAGUGGUGAUUGUCUUUCUUGACUCAAAUCUCGUGAGCCGAGCAAGCUCUGUCAGGAGUUCCAACUUAUCUGUGAAAGGUGGCGGAGUCAACCUGCGGUCUAACAUUCUUGCCCCCUGCACCAUGCCCACAUAAUGUUGAGAAAAAUGCUUCUAAUGUCACUUUGUUUCCUACGUACUAUUCUCGUCUGUGCAUAACAGGUAGCUUUUAUAGUAUAUGGAAAGCACGCUAUCAAAAUUUUAAAGGACACUGUAACCUUAACUGAGAACUAAUACUUAAGUUUAGUUUCUGAACCCAAGAAAAGAGGACUCCCAGAGAAGAUGAGAACUAAUACUUAAGUGUAAUUGUGUCCUUGGUGUAGUUCUUUUUACUUGUAUUGUUAGUUAUUAUUCCUUUCGUUU